AUGCUUCCGACCGUGCCUCUGUUUAAUAGUAAUGCAUUAAACAGUGGCCUGGCUAUGAUCAACACGGUGGAGUUAGUCAACCAGUCGCCCUCCCUGUCCCGGCUUGGCCUGAAGCUGGGCUAUCGCAUCCAAGACUCCUGCUCUGACGUGACCACGGCCCUGAGGGCCAUCAAUGGCCUCCGCAAACAAGGGGAAGCGGCCGGCGGCUCUCUCCCGCCCAUCACCUCCAUUGUCGGAGCUUCUUCCUCUGAAAUAUCCAUCGCUAUUGCCAGGCAACUGAACCUGGAGCUCAUUCCUCAGAUCAGCCACUCCUCCACCGCAACCAUCCUAAGCGACAAGAAGCGUUUCCCAGGCUUCCUGCGUACGGUGCCCAGUGACCUGUACCAGACCAAGGCCAUGGUCCGGCUGAUGGAGGACAGUGGCUGGAGCUGGGUCGGCGUGGUCAUUGCCGACAACGACUACGGACACUCGGCCCUCAACGCCCUUUUGGCUCAGACCUUGGAGAGAGGGAUUUGCGUGGCCUUCACGAAAACCAUCCCCAACUCGCUGAGCGACCCUGACUACUCCUCAGCCGUGACGAGGGUCGCCAACGUCAUCCUGACAAACCCCCGCGUUAAGGUGGUGGUGGCGUUUGUGAAGGCCCCUCACAUGGGGGUCCUCUUACCGAAGUUGAAGGCCCUGGAGGAUAAGCAGGAGAAGUCAGCCUCAGGUGGAAGGGUGUGGCUGGCCAGCGACGGCUGGUCGUCAACUCCCGAACUUGUGGCGGGAAACCUGGAUCUGGAGAGCAUCGGGCAGGUGGUAGGCUUCACGUUUAAAAGUAGCAACCUGGAGUCCUACCGCCAGUACCUGCAGAGACUGAAUGAGACCAAGGAGGAGGAGAGAAGACGUAACCCCUUCCUGGAUGAGUUCCUGGAGAUUGGAGAGCUGGACCUGGAAGAGCUGGGUAAGAAGAGCCAGGAUCAGACGGUGUUCAGCGUGGAGUUGGCUGUGAGGGCUCUGGCCCAGGCCGUGAUCGGAGUCUGCAGCAGCAGGAACUGCACCCAGAAAAGCAUCGAGCCGUGGGAGGUCCUGAGAGCUUUGAAGCAGGGCAUGGAAUUUCAGCAGGACGGGGAGACUUAUUUUUUUGACAAGAAUGGAGAAAUCAACCUGGGCUAUAAGGUCACUCUUUGGAAUUCUAAGGAGGGGAAGGUGCAAGUGGGUGACAUUGUGGCAGAGUACCUCCCUUUCAACGACAGCUUCACACACACCAUCCUGCCCAGCGCUGCUUACCUCACAGACCUGAAGGAAGUAGUGUCUAGGUGCUCAGAGAGCUGUCUUCCUGGUCAGAUAAAGCAGACAUUUGAAGGACAGCAGCACACCUGCUGUUACAAGUGCAUCAACUGUACUGAGAACCACUACUCCAACAGCGCAGACAUGGACUACUGCCUGGCCUGCGACACAGACAGAGAGUGGUCUGACAAGGGCAGCUCCAGGUGCAUCCCUAAAACCCUGGAGUACUUCUCCUGGGACGAUGGCUUUGCGGUGGUCUUGCUGACGCUGGCCGCCCUGGGCAUCCUCCUGUCCCUCCUGGUGGGGGCGCUGUUCCUGCACCAGCGCCACACACCCGUGGUGAAGGUGGCGGGAGGGGGGCUGUGCCAGGUCAUCCUACUGUCUCUGAUUGGUAGUUUCAUCAGUGCCAUGGUGUUCGUGGGCAAGCCCAGCGACCUGACCUGCAAGGUUCGCCAGGUGCUGUUCGGCCUGAGCUUCACGCUGUGCGUGUCCUGCAUCCUGGUCAAGUCGCUGAAGAUCCUGCUGGCGUUCCAGCUCAACCCGGCGCUGGGGCAGGUGUUCCGCCGCCUCUACCAGCCUCUCGUCAUCGUCUGCGGCUGUCUUGUCCUGCAGCUCCUCACCUGCCUCCUCUGGCUCCUCCUCCUGAGCAGCCCCCGAGUGGAGCGGAAAACCCAGGCCACCUCGGUGCUGGCCGAGUGCCACGAAGGCUCCGACGUGGCGUUCGGCGUGAUGCUGUCCUACAUCGCCGUGCUGGCGCUGGUCUGCUUCCUCUGCGCCUUCAAGGGCCGCAAGCUGCCCCAGAAGUACAACGAGGCCAAGUUCAUCACCUUCGGCAUGCUCCUGUACCUCAUCUCCUGGGCAAUCUUCGUGCCUGUGUACAUCAACACAUCUGGGAAGUACCUGCCGGCGGUGGAGAUGGUGGUCAUCCUCAUCUCCUCCUACGGGAUCCUCUGCUGUCACUUCCUGCCCAAGUGCUACAUCAUCCUGUUCCGGAAGGAGCACAACACCAAGGACGCCUUCAUCCAGGAUGUGCACAACUACGCCACCCGGGGCCUGGACACUGUGUCCAUGUCUGAGUGCGAUUCAACAGAGGACAAACGCACGGGUCCUCCUUUUACCAUCGGCCUCCCCUCGACGUUCCUGCCCAGACCACACAUACUGACGCCCCCCCCCCGCCAGGUCCCAGCAGGGAGCCAGGAAACCCGAUCAGGCAUGCACGUCUCAGGAGAUGCACGAGCACCUGAGUUCAUCAGCCAGAGCUUGCUGGUGUUUAAGCCCUGCGAGGGACCAGGGUGUAGGGGAAGACUGAUACAACUGCUGAACCUCAAGUCUCUAACCUGUCUCAGACCCACCAGUGAUCAUUCCAAUGACCGUAGUAUCAUCUGCAAACUUUGUGAUACUGUUUUUUUCCUGGGAGGCCACACAGUCGUAUGUGAAGAGGGUGUACAGCAAGGGACUCAGUACACAGCACUGGGGGUCCCCGUGUGA